GUUUAUUCAACCGUAAUCUCAAUUCCGUCUUGCCACAACACACUUUAAUGAGACUUGGUAUAAUAAAGCCUAAAGCUAAACUAGUUGAUUUUGCCGAUCUACUCCUAUGAUAAAAGAAGUGCAACUUAAAAGGAUAAAUAAAGGAGUUACACAGCAAUUGAAGCCGUAAAGUUGAAAAUUAGGGUGUUCAAUUUCGUCUCAGCUUGGAAUGGAAGAAUGUCUAUUCUUCCAUUAGGCAAUUUGAUCUCCAAGCUUUUCUUCAUUCGUCAACCGCUGCUUGUUCCUUUUCCAUGGAUGAAAAGGAGUAUUGUUAUAUGCUUUUCAAGUAAGGCAGAUGGUUCAGAUUUACCUGCUAGAUACAUUCCUAAGAAACAACGAGAUGUUAAUCAAAAUCAAUGCUCUUCUUUAGGGGACAGUGUCCUCCAAGUUGGGAUUCAAACAAGGUCUACUUCGAGUAAUGAUGAACUUGGACAUAAGACUUUGGAUAGAAUCAAGCGCCCUCGAGGAUGUAAAAUUGAUGAUGAGGAGUUCCUUGUAAACAUUGAUGAUGCAAAUGGAGUGGAUAAGAGUAGAAAACAUGGUAGGAUAACAAUGGAGACCAACUGUUUAAAUGCCCUUUUGGAUGUUGGCGAGUGUCUAAAUGUGCCUGAAGAAAUGGCUCAGGAACUACAAACAGUUAAGAUGGUUAGUCGAGGCACGAGGCAUGAAUUAAAGCAAGAGAAUCGCUCUCGUGAUGGAGUAGCAGACACUGAGUCUAUGGAAGCGCUUGCAAAAGAAGUUGAGUUGAUGCAACAUCAUAAUGGGAAUGAUAUAGGAAAUCAGGAAAGAUCAAAUAACUGUAGGACUAAACGAGGAGUUGAAAAAGUGGCAAUUGAAUUGCUUGCAAAAAGGGCAUUUACAGGAGCUGAACUUCGGAAGAAACUUGCAGCAAAGAAUUUCCCUGUUGAUGAUGUGGAGGCAGUUUUACAUGAUUUCCGGAAUAGAGGGCUAGUUAAUGAUUACCGGUAUGCGGAAAUGUUUUCCCUUUCUAAAUGGGAGUCAUCUAGUUGGGGGCCGAGGCGAAUUAAACAAGAUAAGUAUACGCUCUACAUCAGCCACCUCCUCUGUUUCUUAAUGAUACUUGUUGACUUUCACACUCCAUAGAACCAAACAGGCGAGCUUCUGUCUUCUCUGUUUUCCUUGUUUGCUUACUCUAGAAUCUAUAUUGAUUAUAGUCCUUAAGAAUGUUGUGAUUACGAUUGCAUAAUGGGGAAGGGGAUGGUUUGAAGAGAGAAGAGAUGAAGGGGCAAGGAGAACUUUUUACAGCUUGUUUAUUUUCUCAUUGGCUAUUAUCUAUGACACUCUCCAAGUAGAAUCUGCUCUUUUUGGAAUCAGGCACUUAUUAAGAAGGGUGUCAGUAAAGGCGACGUUGAAAAGGCAGUAAAACUGGUUUUUCAGGAUGAAGAUAGUGAUGAAAGGUCAAGCAUGAGGCUCUCGAAUUCCUCACUACAGAAACUAUAUGUGCAGUCUUCUAAGCAAUGGCAAAGGUGCGAUAAUGUCCCUCACGAUACACGGAAGGCAAGGAUUAUAAGGUGGCUUCAAUAUCGUGGGUUCGACUGGAGUGUUAUCGGCAUCAUCUUGAAAAGACUAGAAUCCAAACAUCCUCCUUAGAGCAUUGCCGGAUUGGCCUUUCCUUCUCGAAGCUGCCCGAUCACUGUAAGGUUUGAAAAUUUGACAAAAUAGACACUUAGCAUUCUUGUUUGGCCCUAUAGAUAUUUACAUGCAUAGCUUCAUGUAGAUAUGUACUCUUAUCAAUUUAUGUGCCUGAAAUAAAUUGGGACUCCAAAACAUUACUGUUUCAA